AUGCAUCGACGAAGAAAGGCUACGAAAAAAAUAUCGAAAUGCUGCGACAUCGCACUCUCGGAUGGUUUCGAGUAUGUCUGGGUAGAUACAAGUUGCAUCGAUAAGACGAGCAGCGCUGAGCUGUCCGAAGCCAUCAACUCGAUGUAUCGAUGGUGCCAGCAUUCUCACGUCUGUUAUGCCAUACUAUCCGAUGUCCCUUCUGAUGAAGAUCCCGAGUUGGAAGAAGGGUGGACGCUCCAAGAGUUAAUAGCACCUGCAACUUUGAUAUUUUAUGGCAGAGAAUGGAAAGAGAUCGGUACCAAAUCCAACUUGAUAGAUAUCAUCGUCCAAGUCAGCCGCGUACACAAAAAGGUCCUCUCUGGGGAGAAAGAGUUACGCCACUGCAGUAUCGCCCAAAAGAUGUCAUGGGCAUCAGCACGGCGUACAACAAGGCUCGAGGACAUUGCGUAUUGUUUAAUGGGUAUUUUCGACGUCAACAUGCCAUUGCUUUAUGGAGAGGACAGUAAAGCAUUUUUCAGACUCCAGGAGCAGAUCCUAAAUGCAUCUCUGGACGACAGCAUACUUGCUUGGACGUCACAUCUUCCUGCCAUCGAGAAAUACGAUUCAAAUCAGGAACCAGGAAAAAAAUCUCAACGAAGGUCAGAUACUUGUAUGUCGAUCGCUCAUCAUCCUACCAGCAAAUCCCUCUUUGGAACCACGCAGCGUGUAUCGUAUGGGCGAGGGGCUUAA